AUGUCAAGUGUCAAGAAAAAGGUUGUUAAAAAGGCUGACACCAAAGAGGCACCUACCAAGGAGGCCGUGGUAGUUCAAAAAAGAGAACCUGAAUACAAAUAUUGGCUCGGUAUGUUAAUUGCUAUCGCAUUUGCCAUUUAUACUAGAUUCACAUUGAUUUCACAUCCAAACAAAGUUGUUUUUGAUGAAGUUCAUUUCGGUAAGUUUGCUUCAUAUUAUUUGGAAAGAACUUACUUUUUUGAUUUACAUCCACCUUUUGCUAAAUUAUUAAUUGCCUUUAUGGGAUGGUUAGUUGGAUAUGAUGGAAAAUUCAAAUUCGAAAACAUUAACGAUGAUUACAUCACCAAUAAUGUUCCUUAUGUUGCUUACAGAGUAUUAUCAGCUAUUCAAGGGGUAGUUACUAUUCCUGUGAUGUUUCAAACCAUGAAAACUUUAGGCUAUUCCGUCGAUGCUUCAUUAUUUUCCAGUUUAAUCGUUUGUUUCGAUAAUGCUCAUAUUAUCGAUUCAAGAUUAAUUUUAUUAGAUGCCACCUUGAAUUUAAGUGUCGCUUUAACUAUGUUCUGUUAUGCUAAGUUCUCAACUUACAGAUUAAAACCAUUUACUUCAAAAUGGUGGAUUUGGUUGACUUUAACUGGUGUUUCAUUAUCAUGUGUGAUCUCAACUAAAUAUGUGGGGGUUUUAACUUAUGUUACUAUUGGGAUUGCUGUUCUUCAUGAAUUAUGGUUCUGGUUAGAUUAUAAAAAAGGAUUGACUCUUUAUGAUUUCUCCAAACAUUUCAUGGCUAGAUUCUUUUCAUUGAUUAUUUUCCCAUUCAUUAUCUACUUAUUUUGGUUUUAUGUCCAUUUCAGUGUUUUAAAUAAAUCCGGUCCGGGUGACACUUUUAUGUCAGCUGAAUUCCAAGAUAGUUUAGUUGAAAGUCCAUUAGCUAGAGAUUCAAAGAUUGUUAAUUAUUUCGAUAUUAUUACUAUCAAACAUAAAGAAACUGAAGCAUUUUUACAUUCCCACCUUGAUAAAUAUCCUUUGAGAUAUGAAGAUGGUAGAAUCAGUUCAAAUACUCAACAAGUUACUGCUAUUAAAGGUAAUGAAACUGAAAUUUAUGAUGAUGUUAAUAGUCAAUGGGAAAUUAUUCCUAUCAAAUCUGAAUACACCAAUGAAAUGGCUAUUUUCACCAAUGAUAUUAUUAGAUUGAGACAUGUUGGUACUAAAGGAUAUUUAUUAUCUCAUGAUGUUGCCAGUCCUUUGAAAUCAACCAAUGAAGAAUUUACUAUCACUUAUGAUGAAGAGUUAUACAGUAAAGCUUUUAAUGAAAGUUUAUUUAGAAUCAGAUAUGCUGCUCCAGGUGCAUCCAACCAAAACAAACGUAAAGCUGUCACUACCAAACAAAUUCCAUUAAGAAUCAUUCAUGUUGAUACAGUUGUUUCAAUGUGGACUCAUGAUGAUGAAUUAUUACCAGAAUGGGGUCAUGGACAUCAAGAAGUUAGUGGUAACAAGAAAAUUAAAGAAAGUUCUAAUGUUUGGUAUUUCGAUAAAAUCAUCAAUUUAUCUGAAACUGAUCCAAGAAAUAAAUAUGUUCCUAAACAAGUCAAACCAAUGCCAUUCUUGAAAAAAUGGUGGGAAUUACAAUUCUUAAUGUUCCAUCAUAACAAUAAAUUAACUUCAUCCCAUCCAUUUGCUUCCCAACCUGAUGCUUGGCCAUUAGCUUUAAGUGGAGUAUCAUUCUGGAAUGAUAAUGUUAACAAAAGACAAAUUUAUUUCACUGGUAAUGUUGUCGGUUUCUGGUUAGAAGUUUGUUUCUUAGCAGUAUUCUGUGGUUUAAUUUUAGCUGAUCAAAUAAGUCGUCGUCGUAAUGUCUUGUUAAUGAAUGAUAAAGCUAGAUCUAGAUUAUACAAUACCUUAGGAUUUUUCUUUAUUGGUUGGUGUGCUCAUUAUUUCCCCUUCUUUUUGAUGGGUAGACAAAAAUUCUUGCACCAUUAUUUACCUGCUCAUUUAAUUGCUGCUUUAUUCUCUGGUGGUUUAUUAGAAUUUGUUUGUACAAAUAACAGAAUUGAUGGUGUUCCAGGAAUUGAUAGAAAGAAAUUAACCUUUUUGACCACUGUUUUCACCCUUGGAUUAGUGGCUUUCUUCUUUUGGUUUAAACCAAUUUCCUAUGGUGAUGUUCCAUUGGCUCCAUCAGAAGUCAGACAAAGACAAAUUUUAGAUAUGAAAUUACAUUACGCUAAAUAA